UAUCUUGCUCUUUUAUACAGAAACUACUAAUAACCAUCUCAUUUGCUCAGAAUUAUUUCAUAAGUUUCUUGGAGCUACUCCCAGUUCGUGGUAAUCGCGGUUAUUUUCUUGUCGAAUAUUUGUUUGAUAUACCUGCAUAUAAUAAUUGCAAACCAUGGCUGAUUCUACCGUCGCUGAUGUUAGUAAGAUGAAGGUAGUAGAUUUACGCAAAGAGCUAAAGUCACGUGGACUCUCAUAUGCCGGGGAUAAAGCGGAACUUGUUGCAAGACUUCAGGCAGCUAUGUCUCCAGAAGAACACGGCGAUAUAAACUUGGAUUCAGAUGAAAUAGAUUCCGAUGGGGUUUUGGAGGAUGAAGAUGACAAAAGCCAAUCAGACAUGUUGGAUACAUUGAAUGAAGAUCUUGCUCUUGCAGACCACCAAUCUCCGCCGCCAGCCUCCGCCGAUGUCAAACCUACCCGUACACUCAAACGCAAAAUAACCACAGAGGCGAAGGAAAAAAGCGAAGAAAAAGACGUCCCAUCAAAAAAAAUUGUUUUGAACAGAGCCUCAUCCAUUACAACAGCAUCAGUUAAACAAGAUGAGAAAACUGAAGAGCAGCCGGCGGAAACAAAUGCACCUUCUGAUAGUAAUAAAAUUAAAAUCACAUCAGAUGUAGAUGCUAAAACAAGGUUGCAAAUGAGGGCUAAGAGAUUUGGACUGCCAGUCAAAAUGACUGAGGAGGAAAGGAAAGAAGCCAGGAAGCAAAGGUUUAAUCAGAACAGCACAACAACACUCAGCACAUCUGAAGUAACGGGUACAUUGAGUGAAAAUCUGGAUAAAUUAAAGAAAAGAGCAGAGAGGUUUGGCCAGUCAGUGUCCAAAAUUAUGACUGAUAUUGAAAAGAAAGAAAAAUUGGAAAAGCGGAAAGCUAAAUUUAGUGCUGGAAUUUAAAAUGACUAAAUAUUGUACAUAAUUUAAUGUUUCAUGUACUGAAGUGCAGAUAUUGACUUACACAUUAAGAAUAAUAAAACAAUUUUAUCAAAA